GGCCGGCAGUCGGCUCGGGCAACGGCGGCGGCUAGCGGCGGCAGGGACCGGCCGGGGGCCGCUGGCGCGGGAAGUGGCACCGGCGGGCCGCAGGGUGAUGGUGGCCAGCGGGCCAUGCUGCUGAAGCUCCUGCAGAGACAGACCUAUACCUGCCUGUCCCACAGGUAUGGGCCUUGCCUCUGCCUCGGGGGCAUCGUCCUCCUGAUCGUCUCCGCCCUGCAGUUCGGAGAGGUUGUUCUUGAGUGGAGUCGGGACCAGUAUCAUGUUUUGUUUGAUUCUUACAGAGACAACGUUGCUGGGAAAUCAUUUCAGAACAGGCUUUGUUUGCCUAUGCCUAUCGAUGUUGUGUACACCUGGGUGAAUGGCACAGAUGUUGAGCUGAUCAGGGAACUACAACAGGUGAGGAAGCAAAUGGAAGAAGAGCAGAGGAUAAUGAG